AUUAUGUCUGAUUAAAUAUAAGAAUAUAAAGCUUGUUGGAAAUAAGCAGUUGAUGCUGCUGAAAAAGAAUUAAUUUAGCUUUACUCUUAAUAUCUUUAGAGUGAUUAAGAAUUAUUAAAAGAGAAUUUGUAAAAAUACAAUCAAUAAGAGUAACCAUCUUUAAAUUAUAAUAAGUAAACGUAAUGAGGUUUAAAAUGAGUCAUGCCCUUAGGAUAAUAUUAAUAAUGAUGAAGAAGAAGACUAAUAAGAUUAGAUGGGUCAUCAAUCAAACAUAGCAACUUCAACAACAAAAGAAGACUUUGUAGUGAAUUAAGAAAUUAAAAGGGAACUGAUUAGAGAAGUGCCAUUUAAAGAUGAAAUACUUUAUAUUUAUAGAAUUACAUAUUAGAAUGGAGAUGUCUAUGAAGGAGAAUUAUUGAAUGAUUUAAAGGAUGGAUUAGGAACAUAUUACUAUGAAAAUGGGGAAAAAUAUGACGGGUUAUUUUCAGAAGAUCUUAUUCAUGGCUAUGGAAAAUAUUUCUUUAUAGGAGGUCAUAAAUACGAAGGAGAUUGGUAUUAGGGAGAAAAAUUUGGGAUGGGUAUUUUAGAUUUCAGUACAGGAGACAGAUAUAUUGGAGGUUUUUAUAAAGAUGCAUUUGAUGGAGAAGGUAAAUUAAUGGCUAAUCAAUAGGUACGUUUGAGUACAAGAAUGGAGAUGUUUUCAAAGGCUAAUGGAAAAAAGGAAAGAAGAAUGGUCCUGGAGAAAUGAGAUACAAAGACAAAAGGGUUGUUAUAGGGGAAUGGAUUGAUGAUGAAUUAUAGCCCUUUUGA